AGCAUUUGGAAGGUGGAGAAAGUGCUUAAGCAAAGAAAGAGGAGAGGACAAAAAGAGGUGUUUGUCAAGUGGAUGAGCUAUCCUAAAAAGUUCAACAGUUGGAUACCAGAAACAGAUAUCCAACAUAUAUAAAUAGCACUAACUACUUCGUUCGAGUUCAGUUUGAAGUCAAGCAUCAUGGGGUUCACAUCGUGUUCAGAUUGUGAGAAAACGUUUUCGAGGUGGGAUGCCAUGCUGAGACAUAGACAGACUAGUCAUCCACCACCACCACCACCACCACCACCACUACCAUCACUUGGAUGCAAGUACAGCAGGCAUAGGUCUUUCCAAAAUGUAUAUUAACCCCGGACUGACAGUCUUCAUCUUUCUCAUUGCUCUUAAUUCUGUGAAAGGUUACAAGUUCGUAUUGGAUUGGUCCACCCCUAAAGCAGUUUUAGGCGAACCAUACACCUUCACUUGCUACGUCACACAGGCGGCAGGCCUGGAAGAUUACGUGGUUUUCAGAAGAAAACCCUUUGAACUGAAUAUGCCUGGGGUAAUCAAACAGAAGAAAAAGGGAGGGUGUACCACCGAGGAUCAGAUAGGCUACACGACGUCCUGUUUCGCCGGAACGGACACGGAGUCGUCGUCCACCAAGGUGUACAGGCUGACGAUCGAGAAGGUUUCCGGGGACGAUCUCACUGGAUGGCUGUGCAGUCACAACAAGCCCGCAGACAAUUACAAAUGGAGUGGAACAGGCAGUGAAAUACUGUACCUGCGGGCUAACAAUUUCUCAUUCCGCCUGGUUGGAUCUCAACGUUACGCAGUACUUGGCCGCCCGUACACGCUCACUUGCAUCGUGAGCCGAGCGGACACCCUACGCUACUACGUGGUGUUCAGACGGAAGCCCUUUGAACACGAGACGCCCGGGGUACUCUUUCAGAUGGAACGCGGCGGCUGCGUCGCGGUCCACGCCUACAGGGGGUACUCGCUAAUCUGCGGCGCUGGAACCAGCGAACAGACCUCCACCACCAAGCGGUACAAGCUGAUCAUCGGAAAAGUAACCAGGGACGAUGUCACGGACUGGAAGUGCCACCACAAUUCGCUUUCCGACAAUUUCAAGUGGGACGGGGAAGGUAGCAACACUUUCACAAUGGAGAGCCACAUGUUAUCCAAGCCAGCAAGAUCCAGUGCGAAGUCCAUUUUGCCUUUUGUUAUGGCCAUCAUCCUGAUUUGUUGCGAACUUGUUGCUGUUGUGGUUUUUAACUCAUAAUUGUGUGUGCUUCAUCUUUAAUAAAAACGAAAAUGCAAAAUAUAAUUUAAACAGAACUACAUUUUAAUAAACAGAUACAAUCAA